GUUUCCCUCCUAUUGUUUCCGACAUUACGUUGACCCUUCGAAAAAAAAAAAGUAAAGAAAAGAAAGUGAGAGAGAAAAUGCGAGAAAGCGAGGAAACUGAGAAAGUGAAGAAGAUGAAGAAACGAGAAAAAAUGAAGCACAUUUUUAAGAAGCUGCACAUAGGAAGCAGUAACGAUCCCGCUGAUAAUCAACGCGCAGCGUCCGAGAACUCUCCGGCGAGUCCUCCUACUACAACUAGUGCGUCAUCGUCCCCGGUGACCGCGGCGACUGUGCCUGUAACCUCGAGCACGGGUUUGAUUACGCCGUCAUCGACGGUGACUGCGACGAAUCGAGCGUCUGAUUAUAUGUUAUCGGAGGAAGAGUUUCAGGUUCAGUUAGCCCUAGCUAUAAGCGCUUCGAAUUCGGAGGAUCCGAAGAAGGAUCAGAUCCGAGAAACGGCUAUUUUGAGUUUAGGGAGUCAUCAUCGGAUGGAUUUGGGGGUAGGGAGGGAUAAAGAUGAUGUGGCAGCCGAGGUCUUAGCCAGGCAGUAUUGGGAAUACGAUGUGCUUGAUUAUGAGGAAAGAGUGGUGGAUGGUUUCUAUGAUGUAUAUGGGCUCUCCAGUGAAUCAGGAACCCAAGGAAAAAUGCCAUCUCUUACUGAUCUAGAAGCAAGUCUUGGAAAUUCUAGCUUUGAAGUUGUAAUUGUCAAUCGAACAAUUGACCCAGCCCUAGAAGAGUUGUUUCAAAUUGCGCACUGUAUUGCAUUAGAUUGCCCUUCUACUAAUGUUGGUAUCUUAGUGCAAAGGCUUGCUGAACUUGUAACAGGACAUAUGGGUGGACCUGUUAAAGAUGCUAAUAUAAUUUUGUCCAAGUGGAUGGAAAGAAGCACUGAGCUCAGAACAUCUCUUCAUACAAGUGUGUUGCCUAUUGGAUCCUUAAAUACAGGCCUCUCUCGACAUCGUGCUUUACUCUUCAAGGUGUUGGCAGAUAGCAUAAAAUUACCUUGUAAACUGGUAAAAGGCAGUCAUUUUACUGGUGUAGAGGAUGAUGCUGUAAAUAUAGUGAAGCUGGAGGAGGAAAGGGAAUUUUUGGUUGAUCUAAUGGCAGCUCCUGGUACACUUAUACCUGCUGACAUAUUAAGUGCAAAAGAUACUACUUUUAAGUCAUACAAUCCAAUAAUUAACAAUAUACCAACUCUUCAGUCAUCCGAUGAUGUUUACUCAAGAGAAAAGCCACUUAAAGGUGAAGGUAGCAGUCAACAUCCUAUGACUGAUAGCAGUAUGCCCGUUGACUGGGGUUCAACUUCUACAAGUGCUGAACCGUUGCCUUCAUUAUCAGGCCAAAGUCGUGAUUCUGGUGUUGGUUCUUCUGGAUUAUCCAACAGAGUGACCCCUAAUCAGUUAGACCAUCUUCCUUCGACUGCUAUUGGAACUUUAGUCUAUAAGGGGAGUCGUGGUGCCAAUGUAGUUGGUGAUGGCCUGAGGAUGAAUGUUAAUGUAGUGCCAUAUGGUCAGAGUAGUCAAGAUGACCCAAAAAAUCUUUUUGCAGAUCUUAAUCCAUUCCAGAUAAAAGGGGCCGGAAAAACUUCCCUCCAGAAUAAAUCUACAGAGAACAAUGUCGAUGAGUUUCAGAGACAACCAAAUAAUGUAGUGGGGCGACCUCCUGUACCAUUGAUGUGGAAGAAUCGGCCUGUUUAUAAUGAGGUUCCCCAGAAAAAGUACAACUAUAUGGAGGGUCACUUUCCAAAAAUCAAUCGUGAAUCUAAUGAUUUUAAUCAGUCAUCAGCAGCUUCCACCAGCUCUAAUAAACCUGAAAAGGUCUAUUCUCAUGGUUACAGGUCUCCUGGUGACUUCGAUAUGUUGAAUAGAGAUAAUAAAAUCAGGAAUUCUUUGUCUGAUACUAGCUCAUCUUUGGCAUCCCCUGCCACUCAGUUCAAUAGCUCACAACUGGCUGAGGAUGCAAGCACUAAAUUUAAGGAGGAUUAUCUCAGGAAUGAACAUGAUUUACAGAAUAACACAGGGGAUUUAGCUAAAGAGCAAGAUAAUGAGAUUGGUUCGCACAAUUGUAGAAAGAAUACCCAGGACAGAUACAUGGAAAAUAAUCUCAAAUUGAAGGAUCCUGAAAGUCCUAGCUCAUCCCUUGAUUCUGGCGUAGGUUCUUAUGGAUUAUCUAACAGAGUGACCCGUAUUCAGUUGGAUCAUCAACUAUUUGACGAUGUAGAUGUAGGUGAAUGUGAAAUUCCUUGGGAAGACUUGGAUAUUGGUGAAAGAAUUGGACUAGGUUCCUAUGGAGAGGUCUACCAUGCUGAUUGGAAUGGCACGGAGGUCGCUGUGAAGAAGUUCCUAGACCAGGAUUUUUCUGGUGCUGCUUUGGCUGAGUUCAAAAGAGAAGUACGAAUAAUGCGUAGACUACGUCAUCCAAAUGUUGUUCUUUUUAUGGGUGCUGUUACUCGCCCUCCGAACCUCUCUAUCAUUACCGAGUUUCUUCCUAGAGGAAGCUUAUAUAAGAUUCUUCAUCGCCCUCAUCCUCAAAUAGAUGAGAAGCGCAGAAUUAAGAUGGCUCUUGAUGUGGCGAGGGGAAUGAAUUGCCUACACACCAGCAUACCUACCAUUGUUCACCGUGAUUUGAAGUCUCCUAAUCUUUUAGUUGAUAAGAACUGGACUGUGAAGGUCGCUGAUUUUGGGUUGUCACGCUUGAAGCAUAAUACCUUCCUGUCAUCGAAAUCAACUGCUGGAACACCCGAGUGGAUGGCACCGGAAGUACUUCGCAAUGAGCCCUCAAAUGAGAAAUGUGAUGUUUAUAGCUUUGGAAUCAUUCUCUGGGAGCUCGCCACUUUGAGAUUACCUUGGAGUGGAAUGAAUCCGAUGCAAGUUGUAGGUGCAGUAGGUUUCCAGAAUCGACGCCUCGACAUUCCCAAGGAACUCGAUCCUUUGGUUGCAAGAAUAAUUUGGCAAUGCUGGCAGACUGAUCCGAGUUUGCGCCCAUCCUUUGCGGACCUUACGGUAGCUUUAAAACCCUUACAGCGGCUUGUUAUCCCAUUGCAUCAAGAUCAAUCAAGCUCCCCUAUGCCACAAGGGAUUUCAGUAAAUUCUACACCCUGAAAUCAAAAUACUCAGCUCCUCAAUUGUGAAUAAGAAGAAAAGUUCGCUGUAUGUUCCUUUCCCUUCACUUCAAUGAGGUAAUUACUGUAUUUAAAUUCUAAAAGAAAAGCUGCAUUUUUGAAGUGUGCAUGUUCAUAAUUUUGUCAAAAGAACAACUUUGUAAUGAAUAUAUGAGUACUCUUUAAAGCAAAGGAAAAUUGUUAUUAUAAA